ACAACAUCACACCGAGCAACUUCUCCACCGCUCACUUCAUCUUCACAGACGGGAAAAGCGUACCAAGUUCCACCAAAGAUGCAGAAGUGCUUUGGAGUUUUCUGCGUGUCACUCAUCUUCUGCGCAACUCUAACUGAGACCAUCGGGCUGGUCAUCGCGGCUAAGGAGAAACGUGGCUGGACCCUGAACAGUGCAGGCUACCUCUUAGGUCCCCAUGGCAUUGACGGACACAGGACACUAGGAGACAAGCCAGGUCUGGCUGGCAAGAGAGACAUGGGCCAGGAUGAGGACUUCAGAACAGGUGCCCUGAGAAUAGCAGAUGAAGAUGUCAUCCACACCGUCAUUGACUUCCUGUCAUACCUCAAACUUAAAGAGAUGGGAGCCCUGGACAGCCUUCCUUCCUCUCUGACAUCAGAAGAACUAGCCAAUCCCUAAUCCAUCUGCCUCUCUACCCAAGUACCUGUUUCUGCUCUCUGGGCCCACAAUGCCCAAAAUAUCACCUUACUAUAGCUCCAUUCCAACUCAAAGGCUGGAUUUACCCUGGUACCAAAGAUCUGAUUCUUUCUUUCUUCGCGACAGAGGUCCAACCUCAUCGCAGUUGUGCAUACUGGGAAAAACCACACAGAACCUGGUUUUUCAGAUCUUUCUGCUCAUGUGUAAAUACAACCUUAGAUCCACUGUAGGUCAAUGGAACUCAGUGUGAAGAUGGCAUUGGGAAACAUGUGACAUAUUUCAAUGUGUAGUGACUGUGGGUGGCUCUGGAUAACAGAGGCUGCAGCAUUCUGUUCAAAAACACUCAUACUGUAUUAUCAUCUUAUUGUUCUAUCAUCUGAUAUGGGAGAAAGUUGUGAAAUAAACUGACAAAUGG